AUGAUGGACGUGGACGACGUCAUUACCCGUCAUCGGGCCCGUCUUGACGAGCACCGCAAGUUUCUGCACACCAGUCCGGCAGGUAGCACAAAUCCACCCAAGAGCCCCGAUGGAAUCAACAGCAGCGGCAUACUGAAAACCGUCACCAGGUUUCAUGCGGUGGGGGACAACACCUUUUCGCCGCUGCCUGCGUGGCCAGGGAGUGAGGCGUGCUUUGAUGUCUCGCCGCAGCCGGACAUUAAUUCCCUCAAGCCCGGGCGAGACAAAAAAGGUCGCGUGAAAAGUGAACCCAGUAAGAAACUUCUGCGCGAGCCGAAAACUCUCAUGGGGUCUGCGGAUGUCACGCCUGAGAAGUUGAAGGCUCAGGCGGCUUCCUUUUCUGGGAGGGCCCUUGAGGCUGCGCCGCGUCGGGCAUCCAGCGGUCCAGUUUUGAUGCUCAGUAGCGACAAUAAGAACAACAAUAAUAACCGCAACAGAAAACUUCAUGAUUGGCUUGCUGAGGAAGAACGGUUUUUUGAUUCCCAACUGAAGGCCGUUGGUCGUUACUACGUGACGAAGCCCGAGGCCAUGUACGCCAAGUCACAGUUGUGGCUUGAGAGUCGGGAACGGUCUCUCCAGCGGCUGCAGGAGGAGUCUCAGCGCGAUGUUCUCGGUGAGUGUUCAUUUCAGCCGAAUGUGGCGGGUUCGAGGAGUUUGACGCGUCGGUCGAGCUCCACCCACGCCAUUUCAAGUUUUUGCGAGGACCCGAGUGUGGCGGCCCACUUGGAGCGAAUGGAAGAAGCACGUCAGUUGCGUGUGGAGGCCGAGAGGCGAGUGAAAGGCAAGAAGGCGGGGACGUGGACAAACUCAAUUACAGUGCCGAAGGAAUUUGAAUUUGCCAAGAAGGUCGCUGUCAUUCCGUCACUUCGCAAGCCGCUCGUUAAUGUCGUUCCACUGCAUGACGACGACGAGGUGAAGGAGGAGGGGGCGAAGCCGCGCACGGAUGGAAAUUGUGCGGGCGUCGCGUGUGGGGAUCUUCUUGUUAACACGAAGGCAGUCGCGACCCAGCGAAAACGUCAUGGGGGUGAAGAAGAAGAAGAGGAAGGACGAAAAAGGGAGGAGGCGAAGGUGCGGGAUGCCUCUGUGCGAAGUGCCAAGGCCGUGUCGCAGCUGAAGGUGGUGCCGCUGCUGGAGGCCACAAUUGUGCAGCUCAAGGAGGAGUUGGCGAGGAAGGAUGAACAGCUGCAGGCGCAAAAGGGGGAAUUGGCAUUGCUGUCACGUGAGUUGGAGGUGGCCAAAGCGACGGUACGACGUCUUUCCCUGCAAGAUGUUGUGAAGGUGGAGGAGGGGGAGGAAGAGAGGGGCACGACGCCUGGUCCGACCUCGCCUAUGGAUUGCCAAGAGAGCACCGAAUCAAAUGCAUGA